AUGGCUGAGAAGUGUGUGGAGCUAGAUUGCUUUUCAUUCAAGGCAGUUCUUCAGGGUUUUUGCAAGGAUAAAAGUAAAACUGAGGCUGAGAAGCUGCUUAAGGAGAUGAACGGGAAGGGUUUGGCAAUUGGUGACAAUUGUGAUCAGUUGCGGUACGAUGAAGGUUACAAGAUUUUGAGGGACAAGGCUGGUGUUGGGUUUUCAUCCACUUUUGCUACAUAUAAUAUUAUAGUUCUUGCAUAUUGCAAUGUGGGGAUGGUGGAUAAAGCUUUAGAGACUUUGAGUGGCAUGGCGGAGAAGGGUAUGGAGCCAGAUUGCCUUUCAUUCAAGGAAAUUCUUCAGGGUUUCUGA